UCCCUGGCGGGAUGGUGCCACAGUGCCAGGUGGAAGUGUUGUAUUUUGCAAAAAGUGCUAAAAUAACAGGAAUUUGUUCGGAGACCAUUUCUGUGCCACAAGAAAUAAAAGCAUUGCAGCUGUGGAAUAAGAUAGAAACGCAACAUUCUGGAUUGACUGAUGUCAGAAAUCAGGUGAUAUUUGCUGUUCCUCAAGAAUAUGUCAAGCUUGGAGAUCAGCUCCUCCUGCUUCAAUCAGGAGACGAAAUUGCCAUUAUCCCCCCCCACCCCCCCGCCCCCGGUUAGUGGAGGAUAGUGCUUUGGAGCCACCUGAGAAAGAUAUAAAUGAAGUUGAAGUGAAAUCUAAAGGUAUAAUAAAAUUCACAUCUGAGAAACUUUCAGUAGAUGAAGUCUCACAGCGGGUGAUUUCUCCACUCUGUGGUGCAAUAUCCCUAUUUGUAGGAACUACAAGGAAUAACUUCGAAGGGGAAAAAAAUCAUUAGCUUAGAAUAUGAAGCAUAUCUACCAAUGGCAGAAAAUGAAGUCAGAAAAAUUUGUAGUGACAUUAGGCAGAAA